UCGAGAUUGUCACCAGCUGCAGCCGUAAGCCUUGCUCUCUUCUCCGCCAUUUCCAAUUCUCGUCUUUAUCAAUUUUUUUUCAUUUUUUCCUUCUUUUUCCUCUUUUUUCCCUUUUGCAUGUUGUUUAUGUUUGCCUCUCUCGCUCCAAUCUAAAAAGAUUGUCGGAUCAAGGACUCAUACACAUGGAUUUUAUAAAGCAGAUCAAUAUUCAGGUUUCGGUGUACAUUAUCCUGAGCGACGAUAAUGAGAAAUAAGAUUUGAUUCUUUUGUUUUUCUUUUUAGAUUGGUUUGCGUAUUCUUCGUUUGGAUCUAAGGUGAUCUAAUUGAUUCUGGAAUCUGUAGAAGAGAGGCAUUUGUAUGCUUAGAAUUGUAGCUAAAAUUUGGCUUUGGAUCGAGAUAUGCUAAUAUCUUGUGAAUAAAUUGUACCUACAUAUUUUUUUUUUUGUAAAAGUGGAAGCAGUGUUACAUAAGUGUUGGAUUUGAUUGAGGUAGCCUUUGUAUUCAUAGGGGAGUAGUAUAUUUUGAUUGAGAGGUUCUGAGUUUUAGUUGAUAUGAGAAUUGUGUGAUUAUGAAUUAUCAAUUGGUGGGUUUAAGUGGAAAAGAGUGGCUCACGGAGCUAAGACAUUGUUUAUGCAAGUAAAUAGACACAGGAGCUUGUUUGUGGAACAUGAUCAGGGAGGCGCCUAUCUCAUUUAAUCAAUUGGUUCAGCAAGAAUAUGCAUCUGUCGCUCCUUGUACAAGAAAAAAUGUACAUAAUAAUAAUAUCUCUGUACAUACAAGUGAGGAAUUCGCCAUGGAGUUUCUUAAGGAGUUUGUUGGAACAAGAGGGAUUCCUGCUAUACCAGACGCUGCUCAGAUAUAUGAGACAAGAGUUGGGAUCAAUCAGAACCAGAACCAACAGCUGGUGUAUGAAGACCUAACCCAAAUUCUUGGGUUGAAAAGAAUGGAUUCUGAGUGUGUUUCUGAUAUUUCUGAUGUUGCUUCUGUGCAUGGGUCUUGUAGAGGGAGUGAAAAUGGGUCUUGUGUUGAAAAAUUAAUUACCAGAAGGAAGAUGGUGAUAUGGGACAAGUGGAAAGGAAGGUUUUCGGCUGUGAUAGGAGCGAUCUUAAUGUUUUUGCACCAGCUACCACACCCACUUAUGCAUGUGACUUUCCUAGGUCCAGCAACUUAAGUGGGCAGGGAGCUUCUGAAGGAUCACAAUCUGAGAAAAUGAAACUUCUCUGUAUUGGUGGAAAAAUAUUGCCCAGGCCAAGUGGCAAACUCAGAUAUGUUGGGGGAGAGACACGGAUUAUUACCUUUCAGAAAUGUCUUUCUUGGGAUGAGCUUGUGAGGAAAACGCUAGAUGUUUUCAACCAGCCUCAUGCAAUCAAGUACCAACUUCCAGGUGAGGAUCUUAAUGCCCUUAUAUCUGUUUCUUCUGAUGAAGACCUUCAGAAUAUGAUAGAGGAGUAUAACGGGCUUGAAAAGCUUGUGGGUUCUCAAUGGCUGAGGAUAUUUUUUAUUCCCUUGGGGGAGUCUGAAAGUGCAUCUUCCCUUGAGGCUAGCACCAUUCAGCAGAACAAUCCUGAUUACCAUUACAUGGCAGCUGUCAUUGGGGUAGUAGAUCAUAGUUCUAUGAAAAAUUCUGGUGGGCAGUGUUUACCCAGCAAAGGAAAUCAACUAGGACUUGCUUUGGAUCAUAACCCUAGUUUUCGAAAACGCUGUCCAACUUCAAUACUCCCUUUGGAGACUAUAGGCUGUCUUAAUGCCUUCCAUCCAUCUCAAGUUUUCCAUGAUUCCCAAUAUACAACCGGAUCCCCAUUUGUAUCUCCUCCUAUUUCUCCGCAACCUUUCCAGCAUGGAGAUUCUAAGUGUUUGUGCACAAGCAGUUGGUGGCAUGAUACAUGCAUUUUCAGAUACAAAGAUGCUGGAGUUGUGAGGAAGGAAAGGUUGAUGCAACAACAAGAUAAUAUUGGUCUAUUGAAGUCCAGGGCACAAAAUGAUUUGUUAGAUAGUGAUUCUAAAUUGGAGUCAACACUGGAAUUGCUGAUAUUUUCUCCAAAUCCUGAAGCUUCAUGCUGGAAUAAAACUAUUCUUAAUGGUGCUGGUGAUAGCAAUGACAAGUCUGGUAAAGUUGAUCCAAUUUUGCAUCAAGGUGGAAAGCUUUAUGAGUGGAGAUCGUGGAGAUCCCCUGAAAGCAAUAUGGUAUACAACGACAAAUUGUCUAACGCAGACCGCAAUCAUACUUUUGGUAUUGAUACCAGGAAAGAAGAUUCACAGAAUGCUGGGAAGAUGGUUGCUACAGGAUCUGUGCAUGAAAAUUCAAUUGUAGUAGAGUUUACAUUUGGCCAGACAGAAACCUCAAGUGUGAAUCGAUAUCAAAUCCAGCCAGACCCCUUAGUUAAUUUGGAUGAUGUGAUCACAAGUGUGCCUUCUGGGAUUGAAGUUUCAUCUGCAAUUGUCCCACCUGUGGAUGUGACUGACAAUGAUAAUGUAUCUCCUAUUGCUACAGAGUUGGUGGAUAUUAUUCCAGAACCUGAGUCUAAGGCUGCUGCAGCUGAUGAUAAAGACAAGGAUGAUCCCUUCAGUGAUGCCAAGAUAGCUGAAAUGGAAGCCAGCAUCUAUGGCUUGCAGAUUAUAAAAGAUGCUGAUCUCGAAGAUCUGAAGGAGCUAGGAUCUGGUACAUACGGAACUGUUUAUCAUGGAAAAUGGCGGGGAACAGAUGUUGCUAUAAAGAGAAUAAAAAAGAGUUGCUUUUCUGGGAGAUCAUCAGAAAGAGACCGACAGAUUCAAGACUUUUGGAGAGAAGCACAGAUCCUCUCAAAUCUGCAUCAUCCAAAUGUGGUCGCAUUUUAUGGAGUAGUACCCGAUGGAAGCGGAGGAACAUUGGCAACUUUAACUGAAUAUAUGGUAAAUGGAUCACUUAGGAAUGUCCUAAUCAAGAAGGAAAGGCUCAUAAUUGCCAUGGGUGCUGCUUUUGGCAUGGAAUACUUGCAUUCCAAAAACAUUGUUCAUUUUGAUCUGAAAUGUGACAAUUUGCUCGUCAAUCUAAGGGACCAACAACCCAUAUGCAAGAUUGGAGAUUUUGGAUUAUCAAGAAUCAUUCGCAGCACUCUAGUUUCUGGAGGUGUGCGAGGAACCCUGCCAUGGAUGGUGCCAGAACUGCUAAAUGGUAGCAGCACCAAGGUUUCUGAAAAGGUUGAUGUGUUCUCAUUUGGAAUUUCAAUGUGGGAUAUCUUGACCGGAGAGGAGCCAUAUGCCGAUAUGCAUUGUGGUGCCAUUAUUGGUAAGAUUUUGAUUUACCAAUGUGCUACUGACCCUGAUUGUGAAUGGAAAAUAUACAUGCAUGGAGAAGUGAUCGACAUGUUCUGGCGUGAUAUUAGUUCCACUGUGAAGGGCAGACGUUUUCUAAACUGGUUCAUUGGUCAACAAUUUCGAAAGUUACAAAAAUCAAGACCGAGGCUAGAAGAAACUAAUAUACUAAGGCUUCUCUGGAAUUUUACUGAGGAGUUAAUAAUGAUGAUAUUGAUGAUCAAUCAAAUGUUGUUCUGUUGAAGAUGAAGAUCACGAAAAGUUUAUGCUGAGUUUUAGGGUAUAAGAUAUUUUCUCAUUUGCUCUUGCCGUGUAAUAGUAUAAAACAACAUCCUAAACAACUCAUAUAUAAAUUUAAGCCGUAUCAAACACUGCAUACACUAUGCCAAACUCUGUUUGAAAGCUAAACAAGAACCUUCUGCUUAUCACCAAAUUAUGGCUUUGGGUCUGAUUACUGAAUUAAGGUUGCAAGAGGGAUCGUGAAGAACACGCUUCGACCAGCUAUUCCAGAAUGUUGCUAUCCUGAUUGGAGGAAGCUAAUGGAACAGUGCUGGUCUCCUGAUCCAGAAUCUAGGCCAUCAUUUACCGAGAUAACAAAGAGGCUGCGAUCUAUGUCUCUGUCUAUGUCGCUUAAGCCAAAGGGAGGUAAUAAUCGGGCGAAACAGAUGGCCCCCUAAGUGUUACGGUACGACUCAUCAUUAUACGCUAGCACCGAUUUUGUUAUUAGGUACACCUGUAAAGCUACAUAUAUCGGAGCACGUGCAUAAGUAGAGUUUGGUCAUGGAUACCCAAAAGUUUUCCCCCUUUUCGACAUUUGUUGAUAUCUUCAUUUGUUUAUUCUUUUUGUAAGAGAGUAAAUUCGGGUCAUAGUAGUAGGGCCCGAAAGAAAGCAUUAAUCCAUCUUUCCGACUGGUUUACUAUUCCUGAUUUUUGUUGAAAGUAGCGUGUCUAU